AUGUAUUCGUGCCAAGUCACUCACCGCCCUCCCAAAGCGCUACCCCAAUUGGCCGGGCACUUGAGGUCUCGUGAUUUACAAGACGUUGAUUGUGUCGCUGACCUACAACCAGCCGUCAGCUAUGACAACCUAGCGGCACAGCGCGAUUCCGACAUGUCCAAUGGGGAGAACGAUUUCGACUGGCUGCAGAACUUUUUCCCGGAAUGGAGAGAAGAGGAGCAGCGUCAAAGGAACCGCAACAAUGGCGGCCCUGACCAGGACCAUCAGCUAAACCCGUAUCCCGCGUUCGCCGAUGCGGCGCAAGUGGCCCAAGCUGCCUACACAGUCUAUGUUCGAUUCCACCAUUCCCAAUCACCUCAAGCGCGCACUGUGCAGAUGAGUCAACGAGGACAGCCCCCUGCGCAAUAUCAUCAGGGGAUGGAUCAGACGUUAUCCCGUUCUCAGUUACACCGACAUUCCCAGUACGAGCAACCACAGCAGCAGCAGCGACCGGAACUACUACUGCAGCAACCGUUUCAGCAACAGAUUCAACAAGAACCACUGCGACAGCCUCAAAAACAGCCUAAUAACCAAGCAGAGCACCCAGCUCGUCACCAGGCGGAGCAGCAAGCGCUGCAGCAAUCUCAGAUAUAUGAACCGUAUCGGACGCAACACCAGCCUCUGCUCCAGCCGCCCCAAAAUAACGGAGACCAGCUCCAACAAUACUAUCGAGAGGCACAGCAUCAACAUCAAACGCAGGUCCAGUCCAGUUCUCGCCCUCACCAGCACCGUACACAGCCGCCACCGCAGCAAUAUAUGCGACCAUUUGAUGUUAACCCGUCUGCGUCAUAUUAUCACCGGUCUUCCACUUCUCUAGCCCCUACGCGCUCCCCAGUGCAACAAUCGGCUUCUGGACCAUCCCGUACAGUAUUGCAGAGUCCAGUUGUGGCCCACUCGGGACUAAAUACUGGGGAAUCUUCACGGAACAGUACGCCGAUGAACUCGCAACAACAAGAGCCCAAACCACGGCCUAAAGCACACCCUCUGGCACCUGGCCAGUCUCAGGCAUCAUCGAAGCAACUGGAAGUCUUGAAUUCGGGAUACUCCCUUGAAGAUGCAGCGCUUCUUAAGCCAACGAAAGCGCCAGCGGUCUCACAUUCACAACCUUCGCCCAAACCGGUAACCAGCACCGGCGGUCUAGCUUCAGUAUCUGUUCCUACACCUGCAUCUAUGCCUAUGUCUGCACCUACACAAGCUCGUACCUCAGGCUCGCCUCCAGUGGUGAAAUUCACUCCUGCAGCAGUAGCUACUGAUCGGUCGUCCACCGGAGCUUCGACAACACCCACUAGCUCUGGGAGUCCACCCGUGCAUGCCUUGAACUACGCAAUACCGCCGGCGCUCAGGGUUUAUGCAACACCACAGAUGCAUAGAGCCUAUACACCACCGCAGCCGGUCAAGGAACCUGCUUUUUCUCAACUUCCUGCUCAGAUACCUCGCAGCACCUCUGCCCCUUCAGUGCCGCCAAUUACCUCGAAGCCCACCGCUCCUGUCCCGCAACCACCCAAGCCUGCUGUGCCUCCUCAAGCAACUGCCCAGAUAGACAACUUUACACCCUUCGUGCCAGCAUCUACUCCAACUGUCUCCGCAUCUUCCACAAAUGGGGGGAAUUCACCAUUGUCUUCCCAAGCUAGAUUAGCGGGAGACGAGAGAAAGCGAGGCAGCCCCCGACUAUACCCUAACAUCGUGGGCCCAGUCAAUCAAUCGGCUGGAUUUGGGAAAUUGGUUGACAGAUGGAGAAUGCACUCGCAUCCAAGCCCUUCUUCGAAUGGGAGCCCCCAUCAGUAUCAGCCAGGACUUUCUGGCCUCCCAAAUUUUCAAAACAUUGCCCCCGCCCCUGCUACUGGUCUUGCCCCCGCUCCGCCGCCAGCCUGGAGGUCUCCUUCGAAUGCUGCUUAUCCAACAUCGGGUCCUACGCCCCGCCGAAAGAAAGCACUUGUGCCUACUUCAGAUCGAUUCGCUAUGGUCCCCCGAGCAUCACUCUCACAAACACAGGCACCUACCGGGGCAUCGGGCUAUAAUCCUCCGUCAAAUAUAGCCCCGAUUACGGCAAGGCCCGCAGACCAGAAUUCUCCUAGAUCUCUCCAGCCCCCUCCUGCUUCGCAGCCACCAGCUGCUAAAAUACGGAAGCUGGAUGAUGGCUCCCGACAGGCCGUCACACCAUCCAAGACCUUGGACUUAGCUCGGUACGCUCGACAAUCUCCAAGUCGAAAACACAUCGCGUACCGCUCCGACAUUGUUGAACAGGUGAAGAUCUCGGAUGUUCUGGUCAAAACGGCAUAUGAUCCGGCCACCAUCGCUCGGGAUAUCUUGAUCGUUGCGGAUAAGCAUCCGACAGAGAAGGGCUUGAACCACCAUUUGCAAAUCCUUCGACCCAAUUUCCGGGCUGUCGACUACACAUCAGAUCUGGCCACUUUUCGGUGGGAGCUGGUGGACCCUUAUGUGCACUACCCGCCAGGAGUUGAAGAGGCAAUCGCCAGGGCUCAACAGAUGUCGACAACUUCGGCCUCAGGGCUUGUGCCAACUGCUCGACCGCCAAACCUUCCCUUGAACUAUACCGGUUCUGCUAGUCCAGACGAGCCCCACCUGUCUGCACGUGAUGCCCCCACAGCCCCGCUGGCGCGUCCCGCAGAAAGUCGCUCUGUCAACAGCACCAGCACGGGCAACAUCAGGACAGCUGCGACCGGCGCAGGCACAAGUAGCUACAUCCAAAAAAGCUCAGAUCCGAGUGGUCCAGGCCUUAUCAAUUCUGCUCUAAUCAAUUCUGCUCUAACCAGUUCUGGCAAGACUGGUGCGGAAGUGACCAGGACGGGCGCAAUAAGUACCAACGUCGCCCCGAGCUACCAUGCACAUCCCCCCAGACUUACAUCCCCAGCCCCCCCUACUUCUUCUCAGAAGGCAACCCCCAUACCGCCCUCAGCAGUGCGCUUGAACUCAUUUGGAGCUUUGCCUUUCAAAGCUCCCUCCCCUCUCCGUCCCACGGCUCAACCGCUACCUCCUUCCAUUUCAGUUGCAUCUCAACCUUCAGUCUCGACUCCAGUCUCGACUCCAUUCCCAGCUCCACCACCUCAGUCUUCACCCAGAAAGCCCGUGAAAUCAGCGACGGUACCGUUGUCCUCGUCACAAUCUGCUGCUGUCGCUCGCUCUCCAUCAAAAACACCCAAGACUCCCUCCCAAUCUCCUCGUGGCAAGGAUCCCCGGCAAUCAUCCUUGCCAAAAGAUCUUCCUGAACCUCAAGUCGUUAUUUCAAUUUCACCAGGAGCAAUGGCAGCCCUCAAGAAGAAGCCCGCCCGUCCAUACCAGACGGAUGUCCAGGUGGAGGUGGCCAUUGACAACCGGCCAACCCCUGAAUAUCAAGUCUUCCAAUGCAAGUGGACGGGGUGCAAGGCAGAGCUCCACAACUUGCAAGCGAUCCAGACACACAUUGUGGGUGUUCAUAUCCCUCACCACAUCGUCUGCGGCUGGGGUGAUUGCACCGAUGAGAAGCCCCGUCCCGCUUCCGAAAUGUGGGAGCACGUCCAAGUGAAUCAUAUUCAGCCCCUGGCCUGGCAACUCGGAGAUGGCCCUUCGGUCUCGGUAACUGCGGCCGAUGGCUAUGAAUUACCUAAGAUGUUCAGCCAGGAACGAAACGAUACGAUGACUCUCCCGGCGGAUCGUGAUUCGGUCAAGAUCUUCAGUCGCAUUCACGGCACGCAGACGAGCAAGCAAAAGGCUCAGCUGAUGGAGGAAGCUGGGCGUCAGUGGAAGGAAGGUGCUGGCCCGGAUACGGAUGUCAGCGAUCGACCUCUUUCCACACCAACCCGAUUGUUGGCCAGCAGCCACACCGAGACGGCGUACACUAUGUCCGACAUACAAGUGGUGAUUUGA